GCCACUUCCUACACCACUUCGUCUCCCUCCACUUCCUUCCCUCUCUACCCGAGACCAGACCUCGCACGCGUCGCCGGCGCGCCGAUCACUCAAGAAGCCGCACAACGGCGUUGGCGCAUUGCCCCGGAGAGGCCGGCCGACCGAUGAAGCCGCUGUACCUGCGGAGCAGCGGCAGCUUCAAGAGGCUGCUGCUCUCCCUCUCGCCCCACCGCGCCAAGCGCGUCCACGCGCCCCCCGACGCGUCCGGGGACGCGCACGCGGAGCCGCCGCCGCCCGAACGGAGGCCCGAGUGGGAGUGCUUCUCGUACGAGGAGGUCCGGCGCGCCACAGACGGCUUCCGCGCGGCCAACCUGGUGGGCCGGGGCGGGUCGUCGGAGGUGUACCGCGGCGAGCUGGCGGACGGGCGGGCCGUGGCGGUGAAGCGGCUCAUGGGCGCGUCCGCCUGCGAGCGCAGGGAGCGGGACUUCCUGGCGGAGCUCGGCACGGUGGCCCACGCCAGGCACCCCAACGUCUGCCCGCUCCUGGGAUGCUGCGUUGACCGCGACCUCUACCUCGUCUUCGCCUUCUCCGCCCGCGGCUCCGUCUCCGCGAACCUCCACGACGACGAGGAGGGGGCGCCGGCGAUGGGGUGGGAGGCGCGGUACGGCGUGGCGGUGGGCACGGCGAGGGGGCUGGAGUACCUGCACAAGGGGUGCCGGCGGCGGAUCAUCCACAGGGACAUCAAGGCCUCCAACGUGCUGCUCACCGACGACUUCCAGCCCCAGAUCUCCGACUUCGGGCUGGCCAAGUGGCUGCCGACGGAGUGGACGCACCGGGCGAUCGCGCCGAUCGAGGGCACCUUCGGGUGCCUGGCGCCCGAGUACUACACGCACGGCAUCGUGGACGAGAAGACGGACGUGUUCGCCUUCGGCGUCUUCCUGCUGGAGCUCAUGGCCGGCCGGAAGCCGGUGGACGGCACCCACAGGAGCCUCCUCGGCUGGGCGAGGCCCUUGCUCAACGAGGGCAAGACGGAGGCGCUGGUGGACCCGAGGAUCGCCGGCGGCGGCUACGACGCCGAGCAGGCCCGGCGGCUGGCGUUCGUGGCGUCGCUGUGCAUCCGCGCAUCGGCGACGUGGAGGCCGUGCAUGACCGAGGUCCUGGAGCUGUUGGAGGGCGUGGAGAUCAAGGAGGAGCGAUGGGCGAUGCCGGAACCGGCGGCCGGGGACGACGAGGGGGAGGAAAUGUGGGGCUUCGACGACCUCGUCCCCUUCCUCGACGUCGUCGGCCUCGAGCACUUAGCACGGGCUAAGAUUGCGUCAGACGACUGUGAUGCUUGCUGAAAAUUUUGCUCCUUCCCACCUGCCCCGCCGGGCCGGGCCCCACAUGUAAAGGCUUUUCGUUGUCGAGGUUGUGAAUACAAAGGUUAUCUGUGAGAGGCAAGUAAAAACCACCCCCGUAUGUUGACCACGACACGAACGGAAAAGAAGGUGCUUGCGUGCAAUACGAAAUGCAGGCAGA